AUGAGUUCCUUGCUAGCGUUCAUCCGGCGCCUCAGCACGUGCAACAAUCCCCCGGAAAUGGAGAAGGCGCCGGGGCCUCUGCGUUUCGGCGUGCUGGGAGCGGCGCGCAUCGCGCCAGACGCUAUUGUGAAGCCCGCGAGGAACCACGAGGACGUGGUUGUCACAGCGAUAGCGGCGCGCAGCCAAGACCGCGCGGAUGCAUUCGCGAGGCAAUGGGGGAUCCCGAAGGCGCACGGAGGCUCUGGGGCUUACCAAGCGCAGCUUCCGAACAGCUUGCAUUGCGAGUGGACGAUGAAGGCUCUCGCGGCAGGCAAGCACGUCCUGUGCGAGAAGCCGAUCGCGGACAACGAGGAGGACACGCGCAAGAUGUUCGCGUUCGCAGCGGAGAAGAACCUAGUGCUGCUCGAGGCCUGGCAGGUCCACUUCCAUCCUUCCCUGCAGAGAGUCAAGGAGCUGGCAGACGACCUGGGCCCGAUCGUCAACAUGUCGACGUACCUCGGCGUCUGGAACAGCGUCUUCUUCCUGAAGGACGACAUCCGCUUCAACUACGACCUGGGAGGCGGGGCACUCAUGGACAUGGGCCCGUACCCGAUCAACUGCAUGCGCUUCCUCACCGCGCACGAGCCCUCCGUCCACUCCGCCUCAGCGACCCUGCGCACAGAGAAGAUCGACGAGAAGAUCGAGACGCACCUCUCCUUCGGGCCGGACGCCAUCCCCGCGACGAUAACCACGGAUUCGCACCUCGCCGGCUGGGGCCCGCUCGGGCUGCUCCCGCGCUGGAUCCAGAUGGUGCUCCGGGUCGAGUGCAAGGAGGGCGUGGUGGAGUGGUCGAACUACGUGCUGCCGCACUUGUACCACUCGAUCACGGUGUAUCCGAAGGAGGGUGGGCAGUGGACUGAGGCGGCGUACAAGCGGAGGGACGGGGAGGGAGAGGAGUGGUGGUCUGCCUAUAGGUAUCAGCUGGAAGCCUUCGUGGACAAGGUCAGAGGACGACAACCGAGCGUGUGGCGGACUGCAGAGGACUCGAUCGAGUCGAUGAAGGCCAUUGACGCCAUAUACACCAAGUGCGGGUUGCCACUGCGACCUACCUCCCAAUUCAUCUUGUAA